AUGUCUGCUACCGCUGUCAUCUGGUCUCCCGAGAACUCUCAAGAGGAAUUCCUCGUAUUCGUCGAUGAUGUUGCCGAGUACGAACGAUGGAAAGCUGGUGCCACCGAUAUUGCCCUCUCCCGAUUUGUCGGUAAUUUCGCUGUUUUGAAAACUUCCACCUCAGUCGGCCACACCGGUAACCUCGGUGAAGUCUCCAAGCAAGAGAUCCAAAACGUUUUCUUCGGAGGUGACAAGAACAAGCAUGCCGAAGACGCCAUCGAAAUCAUUCUUAGAGAAGGAAAGAUCCACAAGGGUGAUUACUCGCAUUCCUACAAACUCACCUUGAACGCCGGUCGAGGUGCCGGAGCCGUCAAAGGUAUAGGAAACACCCAGGGUCGAUAA